CCCUCCGCGGGGAAGGGGAGCGGCGGGACCGGGCCGGUGCCCCCGGAGCUGCCGGGUACUUUCUUUGCCCGCUCUCGGUUGCGGAGCAUCGUCUGCGGGACUAGUGCUGAGGAGACAACAGGUCUCGCUCCCUGCUCGCCUUCCAAAGCGACGCCAGCGUCUUGCAUUGGGAUUAUAAAUGUUUGAACUAAGACGAAGGGAACUGGAAGGAGAGCUUCCCGUUGGAAUUAAUAGAAGAGAAAAGAAGGGAGGCUUUUCCAAAUCCUCUACAAGAAAGCUCGUGCUGUUUUCCCCUGCUGUCCGUACUCUGUUUAGUAAUGCGAUUGUGACCUGAGUGGAAUUUAUGAGCGAUGAACUGUUGAAGCUUGUUGCAUCUCUGCAUCGGACUACCUUUUUUCUUUUUUUGUCAGCACAUGAUUCCUCCAUCCCAGCUGUUGCAGGACCUAUGGGCCAGUAAUAGAGGGAUGGGAAGCUGAGACAGUUUAUUUUCACAUUCUUCUGUGCCGGGGACUUGGCGAGUUAGCUGAAGCUGCUGCUUUUUACUGGAUCUUCUCUUUCCUCGGCAGGUUUAUUAUUUUCUUUUCAUGUGUUUAGAUUAAACAGUCAUUGGACUGGAGCUGGAUGGGUGCUUUGCAAUCCAAAGGGUUUUGGGGGAUAACAGAAAACUGCUAAAACAGAGAAGACCUGGUGCUGCAGGAAACUUGGGGCCUGUUUUCGAAGCCUUUUCGUUUUAUUGAGCAAGAUGAUGUGUGAGGUGAUGCCAACCAUCAGUGAGGCCGAGAUUCCCACCGGGGGAAAUGGAGGCCACGGUUCAGGCUCCCCGUUGCAGUCAGAUGCUGAUUCCCACUUUGAGCAGUUAAUGGUGUCCAUGCUGGAAGAGAGGGAUCGCCUGCUGGAAACGCUCCGAGAAACUCAGGAGACGCUCGCGCUCACCCAGGGCAAGCUACACGAGGUUGGCCAUGAGAGGGAUUCCUUGCAGAGGCAGCUCAAUACUGCACUUCCACAGGAAUUUGCAGCACUCACAAAAGAGCUGAAUGUAUGCAGGGAGCAGCUGCUUGAAAGGGAAGAAGAAAUUGCUGAACUGAAAGCAGAAAGGAAUAACACGAGGCUAUUACUGGAACAUUUGGAGUGUCUUGUCUCCAGGCAUGAGCGAUCCCUCAGGAUGACUGUUGUGAAGAGGCAAGCUCAGUCUCCAGCAGGAGUUUCUAGUGAAGUAGAAGUUCUCAAAGCACUAAAAUCCUUAUUUGAGCACCACAAAGCCCUUGAUGAGAAGGUAAGGGAGAGAUUACGAGUAGCACUUGAAAGGUGUAGCUUAUUGGAAGAAGAACUAGGUACUACACAUAAAGAGUUAAUGAUUCUGAAAGAGCAAAAUAAUCAGAAGAAAACACUUCCAGAUGGGAUGCUGGAUAUAAAUCAUGAACAAGAAAAUACACCAACUACAAAUGGGAAGAGAGCCUCUGAUGGUUCAUUAUGCCACGAUGAAAACCUUGCUAAAGUGAUUGAACUCCAAGACAUCAUAGAUAAGCAAAACAAAGAGCAGACACAAAUGAAAGAACGCCUCACUGCUUUGUCCAGCAGAGUAACAGAGCUGGAAGAAGAUCUAGACACAGCAAGGAAAGACUUAAUAAAAUCUGAAGAAAUGAACACAAAGUUACAGAGGGAUGUACGAGAGACUCUGGCCCAGAAGGAGGACAUGGAGGAGAGAAUCACCACUCUAGAGAAACGCUACCUCGCUGCACAACGUGAAGCUACAUCCGUGCAUGACCUCAAUGAUAAACUUGAAAAUGAAAUUGCCACUAAAGACUCCAUGCACCGACAGAGUGAAGAUAAGAACAGGCAAUUGCAAGAGCGACUGGAACUGGCUGAGCAAAAGCUGCAGCAGACCCUGAGAAAAGCUGAGACUUUGCCAGAGGUGGAGGCUGAGCUGGCACAGAGAGUGGCAGCACUUACAAAGGCUGAGGAGAGACAUGGCAAUAUCGAGGAGCGGCUGAGACAGAUGGAGGCACAGCUUGAAGAGAAGAAUCAAGAACUGCAAAGGGCUAGACAGAGAGAGAAGAUGAAUGAAGAGCAUAAUAAACGUUUGUCAGAAACUGUUGAUAAGCUCCUGUCUGAAUCCAAUGAAAGGCUCCAGCUUCAUCUCAAGGAGAGGAUGGCUGCCCUGGAAGACAAGAAUUCACUUCUUCGAGAAAUUGAAAAUGCAAAAAAACAAAUAGAAGAACUUCAGCAUGAAAAGGAUCAACUAGUAUUAAAUGUUGAUGCAUUAAGGGCUGAAAACGACCAAGUGAGGCUCAGAGCCACAUCACUUCAUCACAGCAGAGCAGAUUUCAGAUUCCCUGUGCCACCCUCCUCUGUGGGGGACAGUCACACAGACUCCUAUAGCACUUCCUCCGUGCUGAGGCGGCCCCAGAAGGGGCGACUGGCUGCUCUCAGGGACGAGCCUUCAAAGGUUCAGACCCUGAAUGAGCAGGAUUGGGAGCGGGCCCAGCAAGCCAGUGUACUGGCGAACGUGGCACAAGCAUUUGAGAGUGAUGUGGACGUGUCUGACGUGGAGGAUGACAGGGAGACCAUUUUCAGCUCAGUUGAUCUGCUGUCACCGAGUGGUCAGGCUGAUGCUCAGACUUUGGCCAUAAUGCUGCAGGAACAGUUGGAUGCAAUCAACAAAGAGAUCAGACUGAUCCAGGAGGAGAAGGAGAACACGGAGCAGCGCGCAGAGGAGAUCGAGAGCCGCGUGGGCAGCGGCAGCCUGGAGGCGCACGGCCGGUUCCGCUCGCUGGGCUCCAUCGCCCCCGCGCUCGGCGGGGCCCUGGCCGGCUCCUCCCCGCCCGGCAGCGGCCGCUCCACGCCCCGGCGCAUCCCGCACAGCCCCGCCAGGGAGGUGGACAGGCUGGGCAUCAUGACCCUGUCUCCAGCUUCCAGAGAAGAGGUACGAGAUGACAAAACCACCAUAAAAUGUGAGACAUCACCACCUUCUUCGCCUCGGUCCUUGCGUCUGGACAGAGUCCAGAAAGGAGCUCUGCACACAGUGAGCCACGAAGAUAUCAGGGACAUUAGGAAUUCAACAGGUUCACAAGAUGGUCAAACAAGUAAUCCUAGUAGCAGUAACAGCAGCCAAGAUUCCCUUCACAAAGCCCCCAAAAAGAAGGGGAUCAAAUCCUCCAUUGGCCGCCUGUUUGGCAAGAAGGAAAAGGGACGACCUGGGCAAGGAAGCAAGGAAGCUCUAGGACAAGGUGGCCUGGGAGAAGCAGAUGGUUCCUCUCAGGAUGCAUUAGGCCUCAGCAAACUUGGAGGUCAGGCAGAGAAAAACAGGAAAAUGCAGAAAAAGCAUGAGUUGCUGGAGGAAGCCAGAAGACAAGGUUUGCCUUUUGCACAGUGGGAUGGGCCCACUGUGGUGGUGUGGCUGGAGCUGUGGGUGGGGAUGCCAGCCUGGUACGUGGCUGCCUGCCGAGCCAAUGUGAAAAGCGGUGCUAUCAUGUCAGCCCUGUCUGACACGGAAAUCCAGCGGGAAAUCGGCAUCAGCAAUCCCCUGCACAGACUCAAGCUCCGCUUGGCCAUCCAGGAAAUCAUGUCCCUGACCAGCCCCUCUGCCCCUCCCACCUCAAGGACGGAAGAUGAGGAGGGAAGCUGGGCUCAGACAUUAGCCUAUGGUGACAUGAACCACGAGUGGAUUGGCAAUGAGUGGCUGCCAAGCCUGGGGCUCCCUCAGUACCGCAGCUACUUCAUGGAAUGUCUGGUGGAUGCUCGGAUGCUGGAUCACUUAACUAAAAAAGACUUGCGUGGGCAGCUGAAAAUGGUGGACAGCUUUCACAGGAACAGUUUUCAGUGUGGAAUUAUGUGCCUCCGAAGACUGAAUUAUGAUCGAAAAGAACUGGAAAGAAAAAGAGAAGAAAGCCAGGAUGAAAUUAAGGAUGUCCUGGUGUGGAGCAAUGAGAGGAUGAUCCGCUGGGUGGUGUCCAUCGGCCUUAAGGAAUACGCGAAUAACCUGCUCGAGAGUGGCGUUCACGGCGCACUUGUGGCCUUAGAUGAAUCCUUUGAUUAUAAUGCAUUAGCUCUCCUGCUGCAAAUCCCCACUCAAAACACACAGGCUCGUGCUGUUCUGGAGAGGGAAUUCAAUAAUCUCCUUGCUAUGGGCACUGACAGAAGACUUGAUGAAGAUGAUGAUAAGAGCUUUAGGAGAGCACCUUCGUGGAGAAAGAAGUUUAGACCAAAGGACAUAAGAGGUUUAGCUGCUGGAUCAGCAGAGACUCUUCCUGCAAAUUUCAGAGUUACAGCCUCAAUGUCUUCACCCUCUAUGCAGCCAAAGAAGAUGCAGAUUGAUGGCAGUGUAUCAGGAACACAAAGAUUGGAUUCUGCUACAGUAAGGACCUACUCCUGUUAAAGCCUUCUCCUGUUUACCCACACUAUUUCUACCGGUGAUAUGCAGCAUUUUGAACAUUUGGAACCCUUAACCUGUUAAUACUUGUUAAAUGGACACUUUGAGAUAUUUUAUUACAGAGUUUUUAAUUAGCAAAUAAAUUCAUGAGUACUAUAGAGAAAAUAUUUUAGAAUCUAAAUGUUUCUUAUAUUUAUGUGACUUGUCAUUUAUAUAGUUACUUACUUUUUCUGUUUCUAUUCAGUCUACAAAUCAAAUCAUUGCUGAUUUUUUUCAUUCUAAUUUUAGUCUUUCCAACUGAAUGUACUGUAAUGCUUGUAUGUAUAUGUCCCUAUGAGCAAUAUAGGGUUUUUGUAAAUUAUGCAGUAACUGUAAUUAUCAUUGUUUUUUAAUAAUGAAACUGAAGGUGAAAAGGAUUUUAAUACCUUUGUAAAAGUAUCAUGACACCAAGCAGUAUAUAUUUUGUCUUUUGGAGCUCUUAGCUUAGAUCUGAAAACAAGUCCAGCUUUUUUUCAGGUGAGCCUUUGUUGACGUAGGACGGACGGUACACGAGUGUUGUUGUUCUCAGAGCUGUACCUUUCCACGCAGCAGAUGUGUCAAGUAGUGGCAAUUCGUCUUUAUUUAAAGUAGAACUGGACUGAAAAGCUGGGAGGAAUUCCUAACCCUGCGGGACGCGUUGUAGGAGCAAUUGCCUCAGUCCUAACACCCUUCUGCUGUGUUUGUGUAGUGACUCUUCGCAGUGACUGAAAACAAGCCAUAAACCGAGGACUGUUUUUAUUUUUGCUUUUCCUUCCCUGAGGAAGAUAGACUUCAUAAUGAUUCCUGGUUGUGAGCCACAGGCCACAGAGAGGUUUUUUUUGUCCUAGACCUUUUUGCUUGAAAACACUUGGUGGAAAGGUGCUGGUGGAACCAGUUUUAAUGGACCAAUCCUAAAGCACUGCAGCCUCCUGUCAAAUGAGUACUGAAAGAUGAAGGUACAAUGGGCUGAAAACUAAAGCAGUGCAUCUUCUAAUAAAGGCCUUACUUUUCUUAUGUAAGUCAUCCUAUGUGUUUUGUAAACUUGUUCUAAAGACUUGUCUGGACAUUAAUUUGGAUGGUUGUAGCCAUUUUGGACUGUAUGAGUAGAAAAUGUAUCUGACAUUGUAAAUGGCAUAUUAAAAAGCCAGCAAGAAUCUGUGCAGAUGGUGCAUUAUUUAUUAUGCAACAAUAUAUAUAGCAUGUCUUUUUUCUUUUGUUUUCCACAUUUAACUUGCUUGUAAAACUGAAAUUCAUUGUUACUGUUCUGUUUUUCUAUUAAUCUUUUGUGUAUUUUCAGAUUAUGUAACAAUAUGUACAGUCUACUUUUGAACUGUUUUUAUCACAGUAUUAUUUAUUGCUUUCAAUAAAGUACUGAUGCAUUUUCCACUGCCAAUAAAACACUAUGGAAAAGCUAAGAUCUAAUUGUAUGCAGGCAGACACUUUUGCAGUGAGUGGAUAUUGUCAAUAAAGCAUCUUAAUGAUUGUUUGUUGCCCUGUAGAUCUGGUUUCAAAUGAUGACCUUUCUCCAGUAGCAAAAAUAUUCCAUUAAAUGUGACAUUUUCUUUGGAAUUGUUCAAGUUCACAUGCAUUAAUAUCAGUUUUCUGGAAAAAAUUUGCUUUAUUGCCUACUUCUACUCAUCAUUAGAGCUAUGAUUUGCUUUUUAAAAUAAUAAACCAGACCUGACACACAACUUCAGUGUAUUCUGGUCCACAUGGUGAAGAUGGAAAUGCUGUCCUAGACAGCAGCAAUAGUUGCUUUGGUAAUAAAAUGAAAUCAUGGCCAUAGUGAUAUUUGGGGAGAAACAUAGGAGUUGAGGGAACCAGUGCAAAAUGGGGUCACAUAGGGCUGUUCAUGUCAAUUUUGAUAUAUUUGUAAACCAUUUCAUUGAGUAGAAGGCAGAGGGAUAAAGUUGCAGAUUAGUGAAAGGAGUAGUGAAGCAUAUUUCAUCAUGUCCUCCAGAUCAACAGCAGGAUGUGGAACGCCUGGAGAAACACUGCCAUGGAUGCUCUAAACCUUGUUCAGUGAUGCAUCUAUGUUUGUCUGGCUUGUCUGUACAAGUUGCUGUCUGUUCAUUUGCAGUCUCUUUUAUAUUCUCAAAGAAUCUAUCUUUCUAGAAAAAAAACCUAAAAUGGAACUGCAGAAGGAAAUCCUGACUCACUGCUCAGCUAAACUUUGCUGUUUAGAGAAACCUUGCCUAGGCGUUGCUGGUCACUGAUGUGAGUGAUAGUAGGUGUUCAAAGUCAUGUAUUGUUGUUUCUCAAAAGUGAAACCAAUGCGGGAUAGACUUGUAAAAUGUGAACAGAAAAUGCGUUUAUUAUUUUGAGGCUGUAAAACCUUAACUGUUAUGGAACAAUGGAACUGACAUGAGAGGUAGAAUAAAUGAGUGAAAUGGCGAAAGCUUUCACAAACUGGCAAAA